CACUGGGCCCUGCUGAGCGUGUCCCUGCUGCAAGCGUGCAGCGUGGGCCUGGCGCUGGCCAUCGCCCUCACCAUUCACAGCCGGGGCAUGCACCUUAUCACCGGCUGCAACAGCUCUGCCCUGCCUGCUGACGCCCGUGCAGCCAUAGCGACCAAUGACUGUCCUUUCAACACCACUCGCAUCUAUGACACAGCCCUGGCACUCUGGUUCCCCUCCAUGGUGCUGGCAGCCGCAGAAGCUGUGCUGUCUCACAGGUGCUGUUUGGUGGCUCUGAUCUUCCGGGGCAUUGGGCCCUGUGCACGCAGCUACACCAAAGAGCAG